UGUCGGCGUGAUGUGAUGUUCGGUAGGUUUUGAUGGUUUCGAGCGAAUUAACAACAACUCUCGGAAUAAUCUCGUCCUCGAGGAGACGUGAAACAUGGCGGAGUAUUUAGCAUCUAUCUUCGGUACCGAAAAGGAUAAAGUAAAUUGCUCCUUUUACUUCAAAAUCGGCGCCUGCCGCCAUGGCGAUCGCUGUUCACGUAUCCACAAUAAACCUACAUUCAGUCAGACAUGCCUGCUUCAAAAUCUGUAUGUGAAUCCUCAAAAUUCUGCCAAAAGUGCAGAUGGUUCCCAUUUGGUAGCAAAUGUAUCGGACGAAGAAAUGCAAGAGCAUUAUGAUAACUUCUUUGAGGACGUCUUUGUUGAGUGUGAAGACAAAUAUGGCGAGAUCGAGGAGAUGAAUGUGUGUGACAAUCUCGGCGAUCACUUGGUGGGUAAUGUUUAUAUCAAAUUUCGCAGAGAGGAAGACGCGGAAAGAGCUGUGAAUGACUUGAACAACCGCUGGUUUGGUGGUCGACCAGUGUAUGCCGAACUUUCACCAGUGACGGAUUUCAGAGAGGCUUGUUGUCGUCAAUACGAAAUGGGAGAAUGCACGCGUUCCGGAUUCUGCAACUUUAUGCACCUGAAGCCCAUCUCGCGUGAGCUCCGCCGCUACUUGUACAGUCGCAAGAAGAGCGGCAGGGGACGAUCUAGAUCGCGUUCGCGUUCACGCGGCCGAGAUCGCAAGCGGCGAUCGCGAUCGCGUGAUAGACGAUCGAGAUCCAAAGAGCGCCGAAAAAGGGACGACAAAGGUAGGGACGGCCGAUCUGGAAGAUACUAAUUGUAUAGAAAAUGAUUAUUCAUUCCAACUGAUCUGACAUUAUUUAACGGGCGGACUUGAUACGAUCGAUUUAUCUUGUACGUGUUCCAGAAAAGUAUCUAUAUACACAUAUGUCAUAUAUUAUAUAUUUAUACGUGUAAUCAAUAGAAUUAGUGUUCUUCAAUAUUAUAUCAUUUGUUAAUAAUUUAACGACUCCGAAUUAAUUGAAGGAUGUCUUUUUCGCGCAAUGAAAAAUGACAGACAAAUAAAAUAUAAGCAUAGAAAUAUAUAUUUUUUAUUUCGUGUUAUAUUUUCAUAUAAAUUAUCGAACUUAAACAUAUACUGUGAAAAACGAUGCACAUAGUUUGGUGCAUAUUUAUGAAUACAACAAAAAAUUUACGUAUGCUUUGCGAAGAUGCCUGACUCUUCUGCAAAGAGCAUCGAUAUAAUCGUACAUACACACAUCAUUAUUGAAUUAUCUUCCUUUCAAAAAGCGGGUGACGAUAACGCUUCUUUUUGUCGGAUAGUUACCUAAAUUUUUUUAUUCAAAAUUGCAUUUUGAAACUAUUUUUAUAUUUUCAUUUUCUCGCGAAUAUCAUUACUUCAGUAAAAAUGUAGACCGUAUGAUAUAUUAAAAAGUAAUUCCACAUUGUAUCUAUCGUACAAAAAAGAAGCCUAAUGUGGGACACAAUGACAAUUAC